GCCCAAUACAUCCUCCAAACCCGCCGAUUCUCAGAGAUUUCGAGUUAUCCCGAUCCGAUUUUGUCCCUAUCUUCGCGUCGUUUUACACUGUGGGGGGCCACCUGCGAGCCCUAAAUCCCUACCCCCCACGGUUUCUGGGGCCGGAGCAGCUCGAGCCUUCGCAGCAGGCACUCGGGCUCAAGAGGUUCGGGGACCGCUGAGCGUCCGGGCACGGAUAAGGGGCGUCCAGGCGCGGGGCAGCGAGCGGGGCCGGCGUCGGAGCCCUGGCCGACGCAUGGUGGCCUUGGCUGGCCGUUGUCAUGACGAGCUCCUGGUGGACGGGGCAGAGGAUGAGUGCGAGGAUCUGAAGGCACUCGCAUCUGAGCUCGCAGCAUUUUUCAGUAUGGGUGGGGGUGCAGAGAGCUUGCUGUCUACCUCAGGUCUUGAGAGACGGGCAGAUAGGUACGGGGGCGAGGGGAUUUUUGCUACUCGUGAUUUGCCUCUGGGCUUUGAGCUUUUUAUUCCCAGGCGUUAUGCUUUUGAUGCAGCUGUCGCUCGCAGAACGCGGCUCGGGAGUGCACUGAGGCCCGAUCUCGGAUUCACAGACGAGGACGCCUUUCUGGCAGUGCUUGCGGAAGCACGGCUGCCAUCUUCCGAGUCUCCUUUCCGUCCCUAUGUAUCUACUUUGCCACAGGCCGCCCCUGAUGCUGCAUCUUGGCCUGCGAUUGCCCGGCGGAUGUUGGUCGGCACGGAUCUUGGCGCAGCUCUAGUGGUGGCGGAGCGGGACCUUGUUGAGUUAGUCACUCGAUUGCACACUGUCUCUUCAGCUGCACACCUAAAUCUUGAAGACCUGCGUUGGGCCCGUGGCAUCAUGCUAAGCCGGAGAUUUCCAGAGUUGAACAACGACGGUAGUUGCAUUGGGGCAAGUGGCAUGUGGGGGACACUGGGUUUGUUAGUUCCCAUCUUCGAUCUUUUCAACCACAGUGGUGAUGCACCGUGCACGAUGGCGAGGAAGCAUGUUCCCACGGAAGGGGCUGCAGCAAAUCCUGAAUACUUGGUCCUGAGCAAUCCUAGCCCGCUUUGUGCUGGACAGGAAGCAAUGAAUAAUUAUGGCACGGACAAGAGCAAUGAGGAGCUGCUGGCAAUGUACGGCUUCGCCUGUGCAAACGGUGCUUCCGAUGGCGUAUCGUUGCUCGUGACUGCUUCGCCUGUGGCCGAGCCCAUUCGUUGCUUUCUGGGAGCUGGUGGCAUUACAGAGGCGGUAUGGGCGACACUGACUGCUGGCGCAACUGCUCUGGAGGCUGAGGCCGACCCUGACGCUUUUGAGCGAGAGGUCCUGAGUAAGUUAUAUCGUGCACUUGCUGACAAGUUGAUUGCACUCGAUGCCGGGGAGCCCAGCUACGACAGCGGCUGCGACGAUGGUGUUGAUGUUUUGGCAGGGUACGUCAAGCACUACAGAAAGGGUUUACGCCGCGUGUUGACACGGGCCUUGAAAGAGUGCGAUGCGAUGGUGCAGGUGCUAGCUGAGGCUGAAUCUGACGAAUCAAAGUCUGGCAGUGAUGAUGCAGAGCCCUAACAAGAACAUCAACCCUAACGUAACUUUGUAUCCUGCCACUCUUGCAAAAUGAAGAAUCAAGGCUACCUGAACACUUUGUCCCCCGGAGAACUUUUGGUCAUUGCCUUUGCCUGGUUGCUGAGGGAGGCAAGUCAGUGACAGCAGGGCCGAUGGAGGUCAUAGUGAACUAUUCAAUCGAAGCGAGUAUUUGUUUGCGGCAGGUGGUUGCCUUGGCUGACACAUGAUGGCCCAUGUGUGGUCUAGGAUGCCGCCGCAUGCUUAUUUUUUAACCACCAGUAGUUGACGGACUGACUCGAGGCAUUGUGAGUGGUCUGUGAUCGGUGGUCCUGCUGAGCCAGAGGACAUCGGGCAAAGAGCACAGCCUGUACCUUGCAGGGCUCAGCUGGUUGGCUGAGCUGGAGGUCUGCAAGCGCAGGGCACAGCGCUAGUACCUCGCAGAGCUCUGUUUCGAAGCCAGGCGAGAGCGCGAGGCCGUGGAUAUGUCCGCCCCUUCUCACUUUUCCCCUCCUCCUCCGCCUCCUCCUCCUCCUCCUCCUCCUCCUCCUCCCCCUC